AUGAUUGUUGACGUAGUAGAUGUCUUCUCACAUCAUCAGCAAAAGGCCCCGUUUCUCUAUGAUUCAGAUUUUCCAUUCUUCUAUGAAUUACUUGAAGUUCGGAUUAAGCUGAAGCUCACUGUGAAUGUUCGAGGAUCACUCGAUUUUCGGUCGUUUCCGUUAAAGGUUACGGCAUUGUGCGUGUUCCGAUGUCCGUCGAAUCCAGCACUCGACAUUCCUCUUGUUUGA